GGAACAAUACACACCUCUCGCUAAAUAUUGAUAUGACGUAUGUACUGCAGCUCGCUGUGUACAGUCCUCCAGUCUCUCGCUCACUUGCAACGAAUGAUCACAGGAAUCUAGCGAAACUUUCUGCAUAACCUGUUCCUUAAUAGCAGUUUACUACUGAAACAAUGAACCGGCUGUUUGGAUCGAGUAAGCCGAAGGCGCCACCGCCAAAUCUUACGGACUGCAUUCAAAAUGUGGAUAGUCGGUCAGAUUCCAUCGAGAAAAAGAUCUCCAAGCUGGAUGCUGAGCUGAAAAAGUACAAAGACCAGAUGAAGAAGAUGCGUGAUGGUCCUGCCAAGAACAUGGUGAAGCAAAAGGCAAUGAGAAUUCUGAAGCAGAAGAAAAUGUACGAGAAUCAGUGUGACAACCUGCGACAGCAGUCCUUCAAUAUGGAGCAGGCCAACUUUGCCACGCAGACCCUGAAGGACACCAAGACCACGGUGGACGCCAUGAAAGUGGGCAUCAAGGAGAUGAAGAAAGAAUACAAGAAGGUUGACCUCAACAAGAUUGAGGAUCUCCAGGAUGAUAUGGCGGACAUGUUAGAGCAGGCAGAUGAGGUCCAGGAGAUUAUGGGACGGAGUUACGGCAUGCCAGAACUAGAUGAAGCAGACCUUGAAGCAGAACUGGAUGCACUUGGGGACGACUUCCUAAUGGACGAGGACACGUCGUACCUAGAUGAGGCCAUCAGUGCCCCUUCAGCCCCAGAAACCAACCCAGGGGCCGAGUCGGUGCAGGACGGAGUCCCAGUGGACGAGUUUGGAUUACCACAGCUGCCAUCAACAUGAAAAGGUCAUUUGUCAGUUAUUGACAAUAUGGACAUCGAUGAUAUCACUCAGCAUCUCUGUCAACUGUAAAAGUAUGAUUGAUCGUGAUUGCUCAAUAAUGUACAUAUGUAAGCAAAGUGGUAUUUUUAUUAUGUAAUACAGAUUAGUUAUAUCUUGUAGUGUAUAUUGUUUUGAAAUGGUACUUCAAAAGCCAGUUGUUUCAUGCAUAGAAUGCAAUCUGUUUAACCUUAGUAUCUACAGCACUGUUGAAGUUGAACUGCAUUCAGAAUUGUUUGGAGUCAUCGCUUUUGAAAAAUUCUGUGGAACAAAGCCCGAGUACAAUUGAAUCUCGUUCAUAAGAGGUUCUUCGAACUUGGUAAUUUACCUUGUUAUAACAGGAACCUUGUAUUAACGAAGUAAAAACAAUGAAAAACAAAAUAUUGGGACCUAAGGAUUUCCUUGUUACAAGCAGAAACUUUCAUUAACAGUGCUCUUAUUAAUGAGGUUUGAGUGUACUUGCUUGAAAGUGAUAGUCUUGUGGCCCAAAUCCGGAUGUUUUCAAACCCCACUGUAGCAAAGCGAAAUUAUGUGUACAUACGUGCAGUUCCUUGACUAUGCUAGGUGUUGGCCAGAGAAAGUUCAAAGAUCAGUCAUUUUAUUUCAAAAGCUGGUACGAAUCUCUCCAACUAGAGGACAGUCAUAAGUAACAGAGAACACUGACAGAAUGGUUUAGUCAUAGUUCAUUUGAAUGGCUUGUGACUUGUGAUAGACUCAACUACAUGUUGCAACACUGAUUUACAGCACUGCAUUCGUAAAUACCGCACCAAUGGUAGCAUACAACAAAGCCAGUUUGGUGAUAAAUCACCUUUGUAAGCAAGUGUAUCGCAUAAAGUGGCACAGGACAAUUAAAAUAUGUAAAUAGAAGUAAGAAAAAAUAAACUGACACUGUGGAUUGCAAAAGACCGAUUGCAUCCAUCAAGUCAUGUGACUUAUAGUGGGUAUCAGAUGUCGACAUACCGUCCUCUUAUGGCAGUGUGUUAUAAGUAUCAUUUACCAAAUAUAAAGCCAGUGGUCGGUAAAGUACUCAGAUUGCCGAUGCGCAGAGGAUGCCAUGUUUGUUGAUGGUUGAUAUCCACUAUAGGUCACAUGACUUAGCUGGCGCAAGCAGUCUGUUAGGUAUACGUGUAUCCAGUAUAUUGUUGACACAAUUUUUAGGGAGGGAACUGUAAUGAAAUGAUCCAGUUGACACUCGGUAUCCAUUUAUGCCAAUGCUCCUGUACUGUUCCUUGAAAUAAAAAAACAAAGACGCUUCAACCAA